CCCAUAACAUGUUUGCCGCCGAUGAAUUUCGGCCCUUUUGCAUUAUUCGUUGAUGUGUUUUGUUGUUGUCUUGUUCCUAAUAGUGUUGUGUCCAGAUCUUACUUUUACACAUCAAGAGGUUCAGCAGAAUUGUGGUACCUAGAAUUCUUUGCUGGGCCAAUCUGUUAUUACUGAAACAUUCUGAAUGAAGACGGAAAUUGAUUUCGAAUCAAUAUGUUUAGAAAAACUGUCGGUUACCAGUACUUGUCGCACCUGUCUAACCACCGACUCCGUCCAGCAGUUGACAUCAAUUUUUGACCCUAAAUUAGGCAAUGAUGAAUCUACGAUGGAUUUGCUCGAACUCUUACAGCUUCUUAAUCUAAAGAUAGCUAAAGACGAUGGUUAUCCGGAGAAUCUCUGUGGCAUCUGUUUAGAUAGUCUAGUAACUCUCCACGCGUUCCAGAAACAAUGCAAAAAGGUUCAACAUUUUCUGGAACAGAACUUUGUAAAAUUUACAAAUUUAGAAGUCUGUGAGAGUAAACCGGAUGUCAACAUUAGUGAUACAGUUUCUGAGAAUCUAAGCAAUCAGUUAAAAGUCGAACCAGUUGAACUAGAAUCGAUCAACCUUCCUGAUCAUAGCAGGCGUGAAAGUGAUAUAAAUGAAGAUUCCUGCGAUAGCGAACCAAACCUAGAUGGGGAACCCACAUGGGAUCCUCCUGCAGAUGAUACAUCCGAGGAUGAAAAAUUGAUCGACUUGAAGAAGAUUCUCGAUGGAGAGAAAAUCACAUGUCCCAUAUGUGAAAAAACAUUCACAACCGUGGCCAACAGAAACAAUCACAUGUAUUUGCACAGUGAGGAGAAAACAUUCGCGUGUGAUCAAUGCGACAUGGCUUUCAAAUGUAAAAUCUAUUUGCGCAAACAUAGAAAGCGAGUUCACACAGAAGGCAAUCAUGUUUGCGCCGAAUGUGGAAAGAAAUUCACUAAAACAUCCAAAUAUGAGUACCAUUUGAAGACACAUGAACCGGAGAAACAGUAUAAAUGCCGUUACUGUGAGAAAUCCUUCAUUCAGCAUUACCAUAGAAAAUGCCACGAACAAUCACAUCACAUCGAGAAACCGGAAAAGCCAACUUGUUUGUGCAAUAUUUGCGGUAAGAGUUUCAAGCACGAAACUGGUCUCAAGAAACACAUUCAAACCAGCCACGAUGAGAGCAGGAAAGAGGUGAAAAAGUUUCAAUGCGACAUUUGCAAGAAAGAGUUCAUACAGAAAGGUAGCCUGAAAACGCACCUUGCGGCACAUAACAACGUUCGGGCCUACCAGUGUGAACAGUGCGGCAGAAAGUUUACUCAGGCAGGAACACUGAUCAAGCAUUUAGCGCUGCACAACGCGGAAAAAUCGUACCAGUGUGAGUUCUGCAAUGAAUCCUUCCUGCGGAUUCGGGACCUUCGAAGACACCGUCUAUUGACACACGGAAAAACCGAUGUAAGCGUACAGGUUGAACGGACGCUGGACGAUACCCAGGAAACUUCAAGCGAACAAGCGUUGCAAGUGAAGCAAGAAGAUCCAAAAUGUUCUAGGAAGCGGAAAGAUCUACCAUAUGGAUGUGAUUUGUGUAAUCGGACGUUCAAAUUACCGUCCACCCUAGCAGCCCAUGUGAAAACCCACAGCGAAGAGCGAAAAUUUGCCUGUAAUGAAUGCGGUAACACGUUCAAGAAGCUUGAACAUCUUAAGAAUCACAUCAACGGGGUACACCUGAAGCAGGCCUACAAUUGCGAGGUACACUUCUUGAAGGCGUUUGAAAAUGAAGAUUAGUAACCGUAUCCAAGAAAAACAAAAUUCUAAAUUUAUUACAAGUUUUAUUUUUGUGUUAAAUGUGCUAUUUUAACCCUUUAUAAGGCCGAGAAAACUAGAAGAGUUGUCAACGCAUACUAUUAUGGAAAUGAUUAUAUACAUGAUUACAUGUACAAAACAAUUUUUGUUUGAAAGAAACUCUCAAAAAUCUAGGUGGCAAUAUAGUUACCACUGCCCGUUCAGUCCAAAAACGCUGGUGGCAAUAUAGUUGCCACUGCCCGUUUACCCCAAAAACGAGCUUUUGAGGUGGCAAUAUAGUUGCCACUGCCCGUUUAGGCCACCAGCGCUGGUGGCAAUAUUCUUGCCACUGCCCGGUUAGGGUACUUUUCUUCUUUUGACUUCGACAAAAAGCCGGAAAAGACAUUUUAGAGUGGAUUAGCGCUUAACCCAUAAUUUAAACUGUGUAGUUCAGCUCAUGUCAACCCAUAAUUUGAUUAUUUCUUAAAAUAUUUACCAAAUAUAUUAUUUUACAAUAAGUUUGA